GUGCAUGUGACAAUAAACCUGAACCUGAACUUGGUGGCUCAGAGUACGCAGAGUUCCUGCACUGCAAAGGGAAGAAGUUCACCGACUUCGAUGAAGUUCGUCAGGAGAUCGAAGCGGAAACGGACCGGAUCACCGGACAGAACAAGGGGAUCAGCCCGGUCCCCAUAAACCUACGAGUCUACUCCCCCCACGUGUUGAACCUGACCCUGGUGGACCUCCCCGGGAUGACGAAGGUCCCGGUGGGCGACCAGCCGGCCGACAUUGAGCACCAGAUCAAAGAGAUGAUUAUGCAGUUCGUUACCAAGGACAACUGCCUCCUAUUGGCCGUUUCUCCCGCCAACUCCGACCUCGCCAACUCCGACGCUCUGCAAAUCGCAAAGGAGGUAGACCCGCAAGGUCUGAGGACCAUCGGUGUGAUCACCAAACUGGAUCUGAUGGAUGAAGGAACCGACGCCAGAGACAUUUUGGAGAACAAACUGCUUCCGCUACGCAGAGGUUACGUCGGGGUGGUGAACCGCAGCCAGAAGGACAUCGACGGGAAGAAAGACAUCACAGCAGCUCUACAGGCUGAGAGGAAGUUCUUCCUGUCGCACCCAUCAUACCGCCACCUGGCAGAUCGCAUGGGCACCGCCUUCCUUCAGAAGAUCCUCAACCAGGUGCACACACACACACA